AUGGAAGUCAGAGAAGGUGCCCCUAGAGCUCCAGAUGGCACCCACGACAGACACAUACAUCCUGUAUUCGACGACAUGACCAUAUCAAUCUCUCGUCACGAGAACUACUUCGAGGACACCACAUUUACUUAUCAAUUUCCGCUCUCUGCUCUCAACACACAGGACAUCAGAGCUCACACGUUGAACCAAUGGCUUGGGCAGUCAGCUUUCGACAUGCUGAGCUCGUAUAUCGAAGGUAGUCUGCACAUCCCGCUCACAGACAUGUCCAUCGUCUGGUGUCUGAGCGAGUCGGGUCAGUUGGCUGUCAUCAACGAUAGAUGUGGACUCAUUGCUGCUAUUAUGAAUCACCAGAACGCCGGCAGAAGCACGGUGCAUCUUUAUGUGGUCAAGAACUAUGGUGAGAUCGUAUGCAGAAGCUCAUGA